GGGGUGGUGUGCGCGUGCGUGAGCGGCGGCGGUGGCGGCGGCUUCUCCUCCUCGCUGUGGUGACUGGAGGCCGCGUCAUGGCAACUCUGGGGGACAGGCUGGGCUUCGUGCAGAGACUCCCUAUGUUGAUGAAAGCAACAUCAGAUGAUGAAGUACCAUGUCCUGGAUACUUGUUUGAGGAGGUUGCCAAAAUUUCCCACGAGUCUGUGGGAAGCUGUCAGUGCCUUCUGGAGUACCUGCUUGAGCGACUGCAAAAUAACUCCUGUCAUGUCAAACUAAAGGUGCUUAAGAUUUUGCGGCACAUGUGUAGUCAUGGAUCACCUCAGUUUACUCUGGAACUUCGUAGGAAUGUUACCCUCAUUCAGGAAGUGACAGUUUUCAGUGGGCCUCCAGAUUUGCUUCAUGGAAAUGCUUUAUACCAGAAAGUACGAAGAACUGCAGAGGACGUAACAGGUGCAUUAUUCACUGAUGCUGUGCCAUAUCGUUCCUCUUCCUCAUCUCCCCCUUCCAGGUCUCAUCUGCAGCCAGGCAUGGGUUCGAGGCCUCUUUCUGGCUCCACAAUGCAAGGUUUUGGGUACACAGCAGGGAAAUUUGCUUCAGUCUCGGCCGGCGAAGCCAUCAUCAGUAAGAUACAGAGAGCUGCAGAAGCCGUGGCCAACGCUGUGCUUCCACUUCACGAACAUCCCAUAAACCAGAGGAACGGUUACCAUGGGGAAGGCUACCAGCCAGUAUUGCCAGCUUCCUCAGAAGGGGCAGAAGUGAAACCUGUCCUUAAGAGUCCUGUUGCUGUACGCGUUGUGAAAGUUGUGCACCAUCAACCUGGGCUGCCAGGAGGAGGUUGGGAAGAAGGUGACAGUGGGCACAGCUCCCAGGAUUCCUCGCAGACGAACUACAUCUCGGAUGGCAGCAACAGUAAAGUGGGUACAGACAGUCAAUCCGGAGGCAGCAGAGAGAGUGGAGACUUAAUGGAAAGGGUGGAGGCAGUAAACCUCAGUGACUGCACAAGGGAAAUCACCUUGGUGAACAGUCUGAGCCAGGGGACAACAGUCUUUCUCACCAGAGACGAAAUGCAGCACUUUGUUAAAGAAUGUGGAUUACUCAACUGUGAAGUGGUGGUGGAGCUCCUCAAUCAGAAACUAAAGGAUCCCUCUGAGACUGUCAAGAUGCGAUCGAUGAACAUUCUCUCCUCUCUGAUGUGCUCUGACCUGUUGUCGCAUGACCAGAUUUGUGCUAUUACCCAAAAAUGCUUACAGCAGUUAAGUGACAGUGGUUCAGGCCCUGUGACCAAUAGAGCCACAAAGAUUCUGAGGCAGUUUCAAGCUUUGAGUGGGACGAAGUCAAUGACUCGGGUUGAACCUUCAGAAGUUGAUGUGUCCAUUUCCAGUGAUGGCACGUCACAUAAUGUUGAAACUCCUUUAAUGGACUUCAGUUCAGUUCAAUUACAACUUCCCGUGUCAAAGACGACUUCUGUAUUUGAGGAAAACCAAGAAUUAACGUGUUGUCUACUUGGUACAUCACAAGAAAAGUCAGUUCCACAGGAAGACCAGAGAACAAUUACUCUACCUCUUUCAGUGUCGGAGAUUGAAUGUGAACACAAAGAGAAUGGAAUUAACUGUUCAUCCUGUGCAGAGGACAUUGAGAAAAAUGAUCUGCUUUCAGAAACCAACCUUCUGAACCCUAGGCUCCUGCUUCUGGCAACUGAAGAACGUCUUCAUGAUGAGCAACAGGAUAGAGUAACUGGAGAUGCCAGGCUACAUGCUCCACAGUGCUACAGUGAGCACGCUUCUGGGGGUGUUCCAAUGGACAAUAAUGCCUCUUUAUUUGCUGAUAUGGUUCUUGUGCAACAGGGAAUACCUGCUUCAUUGUCAAAACCGUGCCUGAACCAAGGACUGGCAAGACCACUCUCAUCCAGGGAAAUGUACACACUAACACAAGAGCAUAGAGUAAAGCAAACAGAAAUCAAUAGUACAGUAAAGCUUUUAGACAGUAAUACGGAACAGACUACUCGCUCUGAAUUUAACCAGCAUUCUGUGUUCUCGUUUCUCAACGCAUCCUCCUAAGAUAAUGUCUGAGCUCUUGCGUCAAAUCAACCAUGAACCAAAGCGAAACCAGCAGAUCUAGUUAUCACACCUUCAUCUACCAGUUAUGUUGGCGAAUGCAAACAGUUCUAUGAUUUUCCUGUUUAUCCAAUGUUGCUUUCAAAAUCUGGUUGUGUAUGGGUGGCACAACACGAUGAUCAAUAGCCAAUCUGAGAAUCAAACUGAUUGCUUUAGGCAAGUGACUGUUGAAUAAAAGGAGUAUAUUUUGUGCCUUAAACUCAACCACAACGCUGAUUUUAAACGUGAUUGUGUUUAAAGGUGACUGUUCAACCACUUUGCACCGUUUUUAAUUGCAUGUUGUGCCUUCCAUCGUUCAAUUUACACUUCAAGUGCAAUAUUGCCUUUUUUUAAAUUAUCGGCUAAAUUGGAGCAGAAUCUUGAAUUGAUGAAUUAUCUAAGGAUUCUGUGUCGCAUUGCUUAAGAACCAAAGCAUAUCUUGGAAGAAUACUGUAAUUCACAAAAAUCUAUAAAAGGAAAACAACAACAAAUGGUCAGACCUGGUACAGAUUUCAUUUAUUUGCUUGGGGUGCACCAUUGUCAUUUAUCAACGACUGUACUGUGAUCAGGUGUUUUUUAAAAAAAUAAAAAGUCAAUGUGAAAAUGAAAUCUGUCAGAGGAAGACUGUCUAUUUAAAAGGUGUCUGUUUAACCAUGUUGACUCUUGAGAACGUUUUUGCUGUACUGCGAAUGCUGCUAAUUAUAAUAAAACAUUUUGUUGCACUAAA